AUGGCCUCAAUCUUUGAUGCGGCCGCCGCUGGCGACAUCGGCGCCAUGAAUGGCUUCCUGGACUCGGAUGAUGUCGACAUCGACGCGAAGGAGCAUUCGGCAGCCGCCAGCUUCGCAUGCCCAUCCUGUUACGCGCAUGGCAGUGGCAACUUGGGCCGGAGUAUCCUCCCCAACUUGAACGAAGAGCUCUCGCAGAACCUGGGGCCGAGGAGUGCGUGUCUGCGAGUGCUCCAGACGUCUCCAUUGCCAUGGAAAUCGGGAUGCAGUACUUCAAGAAGAAGGAAGCAGAGUAUUUCCCUCCCGAAGAAGAGCAUCUUGAUGCCCUGGGGAACACGGCCCUGCACUGCGCGGCUAAGGUUGGUGGAGUGCAGCGCGGAUGUGAAUGUUGUGGAUGCCCAUGGCAACACGCCUUUGAUCCUUGCCGGCAUCCACGACAAGCGCCUGGUGGCCUCAAUGCUGCUUUGGGGUGGAGCCGAGCGAGAUCAGCAGAAUCUUCGUGGCAACACGGCGCUGCACGAAGCGGCCAUCAGCGGCGCCAAAGACGUCGCUUGGCUGAUCGUUGAAAAUGGGGGCGAGCGGUCUGUGAGGAUCAAGAACCAGGAUGGAAAGACGCCACUCGACAUCGCCAAGGAGUCAGGUCAUCCAAAUGCUGAUCUGCUGGAGCUCCUGGAAGGUCUGCGAAGCCUAAUGACAUGCCUAAAGUUCUACGUCAUCAUACGUCAUCCCAGGCACGAAACCGCGUGUUGCUUUGCCUUUUUUCCCAAUCUCCUCGCCCCCCACCGCCCUCCCCGAAAUCUUCCCAUUGCUUCAUUCUACACCCUUCCUGCGCUUGCUGCAGCCUGUUCCCGGGCUGUGCCUGGCUGCAGUUCGUUUAGCCCACUCAGCUCAUAUCACUCGCUCUUGCAAUCGCAGGGUUUCGGAUGCUGGUAG